UCCUCCUCGCCGCGCCAUGGUGGAGCGCGGAGACGCGGCGCCGCUGCUGCGCUGGGCCGAGGGCCCCGCCGUGUCGCCGCCGCAGGCCCCGGAGCUGCGGGCUGGAGGCCGGGGCUGGGCCGGGAGCGGCGGGCCGGCCGGGGAGCCGCGGGGCGCCCCCGAGGUGCUGCUGCAGCCCGGGCGCCUGCAGCUGCGCGACGUGGAGGAGGACCAGGUGGUGGCCGUGUUCGUGGUCACCUUCGACCCGCGCUCGGGAAACAUGGUGGAGUGGUGCUUACCUCAAGAUAUUGACCUGGAAGGGGUUGAAUUUAAGUCUAUGGCCAGUGGAUCCCAUAAAAUCCAGUCAGAUUUCAUCUAUUUCCGGAAGGGGCCCUUCUUCGGCCUGGCUUGCUUCGCCAACAUGCCAGUGGAGAGUGAGCUGGAGCGGGGCGCCCGGAUGAAAUCUGUGGGCAUCCUCUCACCCUCCUACACCUUGCUUUACCGCUACAUGCACUUCUUGGAGAACCAGGUUCGACACCAGCUGGAGACACCAGGACACUACUCACACCUGGCCGCCUUCUAUGAGGACAAGAAAGGGGUGCUCCAUGCAGGCCCUGGGAGAGGUGGCAGCCUGCCCCCCGUCUACUGGCUGCCUUCCAUCCACCGCUACAUGUACCCUGAGAUGAAGAUCACACACCCUGCGGGUUGCAUGUCUCAGUUCAUCAAGUUCUUCGGAGAACAGAUCCUCAUCCUGUGGAAGUUCGCCUUACUGCGAAAGCGCAUUUUGAUAUUUUCUCCGCCUCCCGUGGGUGUUGUGUGUUACAGAGUGUACUGCUGCUGCUGCCUGGCCAAUGUGUCCCUGCCUGGCAUUGGGGGCACCAUCCCCGAGUCCAAGCCCUUCUUUUACGUGAACGUGGCCGACAUCGACAGCCUGGAGGUAGAGGUGUCCUAUGUGGCCUGCACCACAGAGAAGAUUUUCGAGGAGAAGCGGGAGCUGUACGACGUGUAUGUGGACAACCAGAACGUGAGGACGCACCACGAGCGCUUGCAGCCGCUGCUCAAGCUCAACAGCGCCGACCGCGAGAAGUUCCGGCGCCUCAAUGAGCAGAGGCAGAUGCUUCUGUACUCCCAGGAAGUGGAAGGAGACUACAACCCUUGUGAGGAGGACCUGUUUGUGCUGUUUUUCCUGGAGCAAAACAACCGGAUAUUCCAGACUUUGAUGGAGGUGUCUGCCAGCCAGGACAAAACUCUGACGGCUGAGCAUGCCCGGGGCAUGGGCCUCGACCCCCAGGGCGACCGUAGCUUCCUCAUGGACUUGUUAGAGGCCUACGGCAUCGAUGUCAUGUUGGUGAUUGACAACCCUUGUUGCCCCUAGAGGUGGCAGUGAGCCACUCUUCAUUCGGGAGGCCUCCCUAGCCUCCAGAGGACCCCACUUUUUGUUUACUAAACUGACACAGAGAAAUAUGGUUUAUACUUAUCAACA